CGGCGAUCUGAUUGGAUAAAGUGGGGACUCGACGGUGGCCGACGUGGGACAGUCUGGCUGUGGCAGGGGUCUCGGAAACCAUGGGUUAUUGCAGUGGCAGGUGCACGCUUAUCUUUAUCUGUGGCAUGCAACUGGUUUGUGUGCUGGAGAGGCAAAUAUUUGACUUCCUUGGAUAUCAGUGGGCACCUAUCCUGGCAAAUUUUGUACAUAUUAUCAUCGUCAUCCUUGGUUUGUUUGGAACUAUUCAGUAUAGACCUCGUUACAUAACAGGAUAUGCUGUCUGGCUAGUCCUCUGGGUGACAUGGAAUGUGUUUGUUAUCUGCUUCUAUUUGGAGGCGGGGGAUCUCUCAAAGCAUUAUAUUAUGAUGUGGAAGAUAAAAGGAAAGCAUGACCUCCAAAUCUUGGAUAGCUUAGUCAUGCUCUCCAGACAAACAGAAGAAAUAGAAGACAGAAGAAGGGAAACAGACCUUAUCCUGACAUUUAAUAUUUCAAUGCACCGAUCUUGGUGGAUGGAGAAUGGACCAGGAUGUAUGGUGACAUCUGUGACGCCUGCCCCCGACUGGGCCCCAGAAGACCAUCGAUACAUCACUGUCUCAGGGUGUUUUCUGGAGUACCAGUACAUAGAAGUGGCUCAUAGUUCCCUCCAGAUCAUCCUCGCACUGGCGGGCUUCAUCUACGCCUGUUACGUCGUGAAAUGCAUAACUGAAGAAGAGGACAGCUUUGACUUCAUAGGCGGCUUUGAUUCUUAUGGCUAUCAAGGGCCUCAGAAGACAUCUCACUUACAACUACAACCAAUGUACAUGCAAAUUCCCUUGGAUAACAACUGAUAGCAAAUUCUAUAUCUCAGCAUCAAGUGAUAUGCUGAAUUGCAAGAGAAGAUCAAAAUAGAAAGUCAAAAUAACACAGAUGACUUCUGUCUGUCAACCCAUGGACUUCUCAAAUGACUUGCGCAGUGGCCUCCUGCCUUUUAUGAAGAGCAAGAAGCAAAUGAAUUUAAAUACACAUCACGUUAUUACCAGACCAAACAGGAAGUUUCUACAUAGACACAUGUGUGAAAACACACAUACACUCACCACUAUCACGAUCAUGCACACAUUAACUCCACUGGACCUCUGACUGAAGCUGAUAAAUAUGCAGGCCACGCCUAUCCUGGAUUUCCUUAAAGCAGGCUCCCUUCUCCCAGGCCUUUGAAGGUGGGAAAGGAGACACGUUGGUGCCCCCUGCAGGCUGUUUCUUACUCCUCUGCAGCACAGCCUGUUGACUCUGGGAGGUGCCGAGUUAACCCAGGCACACUUGUUUGGAACCCUGUUUUCUGCACUCCGUAUCAUACACGUUGGUAGCACCACAGCUACUUAGGCAACAUAAUUGCAAAAAAAAAGAAAAAAAAUUCAAAAAAAAAAAAAUUCAAAAAAAAAAAAAAAACAUACAGACAGAACAUGCUGUGAUGACCUUGUACCAAAUGUGAAAUGGCAGGAUGUUUGCCCUAAAGGCUAUACCGUACUUACUUGCCUUAACCCAUCUGAGUUGUGUGCCCGAGACUCUCAGUCCCCCAGUCACUUCCUUUAGGCUCACACACUGCUAUUAAUUCCGAACAAUUUGACUCUGUCUCGCGUCAAGGAAGAAGAUGGAAACUCUCAGCAGCCCCAAUGUGUCUGUGUAAGGAAAUGAUACUUUACCACUGAGCCUCUUCGGUGGCCACAAAGAGACAAGUACCAAUGGCAACAGCAGCUGUCAUCUUCAUGUCUCUGAAACAUGAUCUUCUAAUGUAGUCGGGGUGAAACAAAGUAAAAUGUGUGAAUUUACUAAACUCGUUAAUCAACCGAAAGAGCAGAUGGCUUGACUGCUUGGUUGUAUCUCUUGCACGUUAGGUGCUUCCCUGAGUAUCUACAAAUGGCUUUUCCUAACACUGGAAACAGCUGUGGAUUUCUAUGACAGAGGCCAACUGACAAUGUAUUAGCUAUGUUUACUCUUUUAUAUCUAACUCAAAUCCAAGACCCAAUGUAGGUGAACUUUCUUUUCUAUCUUCGGCGUACGAGAUUAUUUUUGGGGCGGGUGGGGGGGAG